AUUGCGCAUGUGCAUGGAAGGAAUCGCGCAGACAGCUGAUAACUCAUCUAUUAUGCCACUUCGCUAAAUAAAAGGUGCCAGAAAACUGCGAACUAAACACCGCUGGAGCCAUUUGAGGACAAAGCAAUAAAGGCAGCUGUGCGAUGGGAUGUGAGUGUGCCUGGAGGACCACGGAGCAGAAAGAGGCGCCCUGUUUCCACUGAAGACCCCAGAACACGCGCUCAGACGUGCGUCACACACGCCAGGAGGAAGCAGGAAGUAGGAGUCCGCAGUCAGGAUGUCGGCCCCGCCCGAGGCCACCCCGCCCCUCAUCAACCCCCCAGCCCCUGAAACCUCCAACCCCACCAAGCCUGGCCGGAAGACAAAUCAGCUGCAGUACAUGCAGAACGUCGUGGUCAAGACACUCUGGAAGCACCAGUUUGCGUGGCCCUUCUACCAGCCUGUUGACGCCAUCAAGCUGGGCCUUGCCGACUAUCACAAGGUCAUUAAGAGCCCCAUGGACAUGGGCACCAUCAAGAAGCGUCUGGAGAGCAACUACUACUGGAGCGCCCAGGAGUGCAUGCAGGACUUCAACACCAUGUUCACCAACUGUUACAUCUACAACAAGCCGACAGACGACAUCGUCCUGAUGGCCCAGGCGUUGGAGAAGAUCUUCCUGCAGAAAGUGGCCCAGAUGCCCCAGGAGGAAGUGGCCCUCCUGCCUCCAGCCCCCAAAAACAAGGCCCGGAAACCAUCUGGCCCUGGUCAAGUGAGCCAGCUAGCAGAGUCGUCGGCCUCGCCCCCUACCACGUACCCCAGCACCCCGCCUCUCGCCCCUCAGGCACCCGUCAUCUCAGCCACGCCCUCGCCUGUGCCAACCGUCGCCUCCGGCCCCGCGCCCACGCCCGCCCCAGCGCCGCCCGCACCCGCCAUGAUGCCCACCGCGCAGCCCGUCGUCAAGAAGAAGGGAGUGAAGAGGAAAGCAGACACCACCACCCCGACCACGUCAGCCAUCGCUGCCAGCCGGAGCGACUCCCCGCCCCUGGACACCAAACAGGCCAAGGUGGCGUCCCGCCGCGACAGCGCCCCGCGCCCCCCCAAGCCGCCCCGCAAGGAGGAGGAGGGGGUGGAGGCGGGGGGGAAGAAGGGGCGGGCGGGGGCGGGGGCGGGGGAGCAGAUGAAGCACUGUGACACCAUCCUGAGGGAGAUGCUGUCUAAGAAGCACGCGGCCUACGCCUGGCCCUUCUACAAGCCUGUGGACGCUGCUGCCCUGGAGCUGCACGACUACCACGAGAUCAUCAAACACCCCAUGGACCUCAGCACUGUCAAGACCAAGAUGGACAGCAGAGAAUACCCCGACGCCCAGAGCUUCGCCACAGACGUGCGGUUGAUGUUCUCCAACUGCUACAAGUACAACCCCCCUGACCACGAGGUGGUUGCCAUGGCGCGCAAGCUGCAGGAUGUUUUCGAGAUGCGCUUCGCCAAGAUGCCCGACGAGCCAGUAGAGGCGGCGGCGCCCCCGGUGGUCAGUAAGAGCACGGCGAGCAGCGACAGCAGUGCUGCCUCCUCCUCCACAGACAGCUCAGACUCCGAGGAGGAACGCGCAACGCGGCUGGCCGAGCUACAGGAACAGCGGUUCACUCAGGAGCACCCCGCUGCCAAAAGGGCGGGGGGAAAAAACGGUUGUGCCAAACGUUUCCAGUUGAAGGCGGUCCACGAACAACUGGCUGUCCUAUCACAGGCUCCGGUCAGCAAACCAAAGAAGAAGAAGGAGAAAAAGGACAAGGAGAAGAAGAAAGAGAAGGAGAAGCCGGCUAAGGGGAAGGUGGAGGACGAGAAGAGAGCCAAGACUCCGCAACAGACCAAGCCAGCCAAUCAGAAGAAAGCUCCGGCCAGGAAAGCCAACAGCACCGUUACAGCCCCCAGGCAACCGAAGAAGGGAUCGAAGGCGGGGCCUGCGAACGGCGAGGAGGGGGAGGAGCCGUCCCUGCCGAUGUCGUACGACGAGAAGCGCCAGCUCAGCCUGGACAUCAACCGUCUCCCUGGGGAGAAGCUGGGUCGCGUCGUCCACAUCAUCCAGUCCCGGGAGCCCUCGCUGCGGGACUCCAACCCGGACGAGAUCGAGAUCGACUUCGAGACGCUAAAGCCGUCUACUCUGAGGGAGCUGGAGAGAUACGUCAAGUCCUGCCUGCAGAAGAAACAACGCAAGCUGCUACUGGGUUCUGGGAAAAAGAGUUCCAGGUCUAAGGAGGAGCUGGUUCAGGAGAAGAAGAGAGUGUUAGAGCAGAGACUACAGGACGUGAGCGGACAACUGGGCAGCAGCAAGAGAUCGUCCAGAACAGAGAAGGCGGCGGGCGCGGCUGCAGGGGGCGGGGCCUCCCGUCUGAGUGGCAGCAGCAGCUCCUCUGAGUCUGGCAGCAGUAGCUCCAGCGGCUCUAGCUCCAGCAGUGACUCAGACUGAACACACACACUGAACACACACACACGUAUACACUCACAUAUACACACAUACAUGCACGCACACACGUGGAUCCAGCUUCUGUAGUGACUCGGACUAAACACACAUACACACAAUAGAUCUGUCUCCAGUAAGGACAUGCGUACAAACACGUAGACACAUAAAACACAAACGUGUGAAUCCAUCUCCAGUAAUGACCCGGGACUGAACAUACAGACAUGUAUCCACCUCUAGUUGUGACUCAGACUGAACACACACACACACCACCCGAAGGCCAUUCGGAAGAGUUUCAUCCUGAAGCCAGACUGUACAUAUGUGAGGCCCUCUCGCUCAUUUAACCCUUUUCUAGCUACUAGUGCUAAUCUCCUUGGAGGACCUUCUCUCUGAGGACCAGCAGGCGUGGUCUGAGGAACCUGACCCUGUGUUGUACGUAGAGGCCUGUAGAGUCGUACGGCCAGUAGGAACAGAGUGAGACUGCAGUAUCUGACUGUCCCUAGUCUCUCUGUGUUGUGCUGCCCUACAAGGGCACCGCCUGGUACCACCACCACCCCCACCUUCCUCUACAGAGAGAAAGAAGAACGUGUCACUUCCUCUACGGACAGGAAAAACAACGUGUCACUUCCUCUACAGACAGGAAGAGCAACGUGUGACUUCCUCUACGGACAGGAAAAGCAAAGUGUCACUUCCUCUACAGACAGGAAGAGCAACGUGUCUCUUCCUCCACAGACAGGAAGAACAACGUGUCAUUUCCUCUACAAACAGGAAGAGCAACGUGUCAUUUCUUCUACGGACAGAAAGAGCAACGUGUCACUUCCUCUACGGACAGAAAGAGCAAUGUGUCACUUCCUCUACGGACAGGAAGAGCAACGUGUCACUUCCUCUUGUUUAUCCCGGUUGACCACGGCUGCUGUCUGGGAGGCUCGUUGUCGUUAUCCCCAGAGGGGAAUCCUGGACGACAACACUAAAGACUUGUUUCCGUGGCUACGAUAGGUCCCUUUCCCUGGCAGACUACUGCGCCCCCCCUGCCCCGCCGCUCCCUCACCUCAGCAACAUUCCAGAAGCAUCCACGGUCAGAGGGUUCUAGCCAGCGCCGUAAACACCGGCGGCUCUGGACCACAGCUACCGAUCAACUCGGAAACAGUAUCGCCACGGUUACAGCAUAUUUGUGGUUACUUCAGUCGUAACAGGAUUAACGAUGAUGUCAUUGAAACGUUCCGUGGAUUCAGAAUGACAUUUGUUUUUUUUGUUUUUUUAAGUGACAUCUGGAGAAGCAUGGUACACGUCUCAAUCCUGUCCACCUCCAGGGUCACCCCCAGGGUCACCUCCAGGGUCACCCCCAGGGUCUCUCUGACCUCUGACCUACCUGCAGCCCCCAGGCUUGCCGUCUAUUUGCAGAGCGUCAGAGGCCAGAGGUCAGGACGUCAGUUAACCCAACACUACUUCUUCAUAUUUCUUCACGGAUUGUGUUGAUGUCUUUUACGUGUCUCAUAUUUUGUACCAGUGUUUGUUUUGAUACUCCCCACUCCCUGACCCCAGUACACAGGGCAGACCAGACUAAUUAUUGGGGUUGAACUGCCCUGACAGACAAACCUACGAGUCCACCUCUGAUUCUCCACUAAUCAGCUCCUCGAGUGAUAUGUCCAGUUAGUCGAUUUAGAAUUUGUUCUGCAGAGCAGUUAAGACUGGGUUUUUCUUUUUUCCCCUAGGGUUUUCCUCCUACUUUAUUCGCUGUUUCUCUAGCUCCUGUCUCUUUCACUCCUCUCUCUGCCAGUGGUGGGGCAGUGCCACAACCUGGCACCUGCCAUUACUGCCACCAGUCAUUUCUGAAUGUAAUACAAUGGUUUGUUUGUUUGUUUAUCAGACAGCGGUUCUAUUGAAAUGUUUCAUUUUUUCCUAUUCUGGUGUAACAAACACUAACUGUAGCCUGGUUCUCUGUAGUAUUUGUGUGAAAAACACAUAAAAACAACUUAAUUAGUUUACUGAACACAGGACACAUGACAGUCUGUUCAAAGUAAAUGUCACCCAUCUUUUUGUUUUCUAUUUGAGCAUAGCGAGACCUUUUGUAAAUCAAGCUAGUGAACUAUGUUGUGAUUUGCUCUCUGGUCUUCCUUCCAAAUUCCAAAUCAUGUAUUCAGGUUGUUUGUUUGAUACCUUGUGUUAUACAGCUGUGGUGACUGAUGACAGACGUGGCUCUGUUUUAUCUGACGUGAUAAGUGUGACUGUCUCCCGUCAGUCCUACGGCCAGAGGAGGGGACUUCCCAACGCCUGGUGACCCACAACACAGACAGCAUCAGCUGGAUUAGCUGACUGAUGAAAGGGGAUAUGAGUAGAAGUCUUUUCAUCAUAUUCACUCAUUUUUGUUUUUAGUUUCAUGGUCAAUUUAUAGUUGAUUUUAUAUUUUAAUUAAAUGAUUUUAUGUAUUUGCAUGCACUCCGACUGAUAACUUUUCUCAGAUAUUCUUUGAGCACUGUAUGGUAUCUCGUGCAGACAACAGCCCUGGAGGAAUCAUCAUCCUAACCUCCAGGCCACCUGGGGGAGAACAGACAAGCAAAGCUGAAUGAACUGAUGUAAUUACUUCUAUGGGAUCCCUUAUUUUCUGAGUUCCUUUGUUUUCAUAAAUAAACUACAUAAACGUAA